AUGGCGCCAAGCAAGAUUAGAAGAGCAUUAGGAGCUGUGAAGGACAAGACAAGCAUAGGGUUGGCCAAGGUGGGUAGCAGCAAUUCCUUGUCGGAUUUGGAAGUGGCCAUCGUGAAAGCCACACGACAUGAAGAAUACCCAGCUGAGGAGCGCCAUGUGCGAGAGAUUCUAAGCCUCACAUGCUACUCAAAAGCUUACAUAAGUGCAUGUGUUAAUACGUUGUCUAGGCGAUUGAACAAGACAAAGGAUUGGACGGUGGCACUCAAAACACUAAUGUUAAUACAACGUUUGGUGUCGGAAGGGGAUCCCGCUUACGAGCAAGAGAUCUUUUUCUCGACGAGGCGUGGGACGAGGUUUCUAAACAUGUCGGAUUUUAGGGAUACUUCUGAAUCGAAUUCUUGGGAUUAUUCUGCGUUUGUUCGUACUUAUGCUUUGUACCUUGAUGAAAGGCUUGAGUAUAGGAUGCAAAGUCGGAGGGGGAGAAGGAGUGCGUUUGGAUUGCAAGAGGAAGAAGACCAACAACAAAAUAGUAAUAGAAAGAGUAAUAGUAGUAAUACCAACAAUGACGAUGACGAUGACAAUGAUAAUAAUAAGGUCAUUGUGAUAAGAGUCACACCGUUACAUGAAAUGACAACUGAACAAAUAUUUUCAAAGACACAACAUUUGCAACAGCUUCUUGAACGCUUUUUGGCUUGUCGUCCAACAGGUGCUGCAAAGAUAAACAGAGUGGUGUUAGUGGCAUUAUAUCCGAUCGUAAAGGAGAGUUUCCAAAUAUAUUAUGACAUAACCGAAACUAUGGGAAUCCUAAUUGAUCGUUUCAUGGAUUUGAAGAUCCGCGACUGUGUCAGAGUAUAUGAGAUUUUCUGUCGUGUUGGGAAGCAAUUUGAUGAACUAGAAAUAUUCUAUUCUUGGUGUAGAAGCAUUGGAAUUGCUCGUUCUACAGAGUACCCAGAAGUCGAAAAGAUUACUCCCAAGAAACUCGAAGUCAUGGAUGAGUUUAUCAAGGACAAGUCUGCCUUGGCUCAAUGCCUAAGAAAUGGAGGAGAUGAAGUGGAAAUCACAGAGGAAGACGAAGACAAAGACGAAGACGAAGAACAAGAACACAAACACGAACACGACAUGAAUUCCAUUAAAGCUCUUCCACCACCUGAGAGCUUCAAGGAAGAACAAAUAGCAUUAUUAGUGAACGAAGAGAAUCAAAAUAAUGAGAUGAAAGCAAAAGAGAAGAGGGAUGAACAUCAUCCUAUGAUGGGUGAUUUCUUGAACCUUGAUGAGGAGCAUCAAAUGACAAGAGAAGAAAAUGCAGAGCAAUUGGCGUUUGCUUUAUUCGAUGGAAGUGCUCCGAUUAUCGACGCUUCGGUACCAGCUCUACCGUGGGAAGCCUUUAGCGACGACACACCAGAUUGGGAAACUGCAUUGGUUCAAUCAGCAAGCAGUUUAUCAAAUCAAAGAACUGACCUUGGUGGAGGUUUUGAUAUGCUUCUUUUGGAUGGCAUGUAUAAGCAAACAACAAGGAUGCCAACAGUGGCUGGCUCAGGUUAUGGGGUGAGUGGCAGUGCAAGCAGCAUGGCACUUGGGUCUGCAGGGAGGCCAGCCAUGCUUGCAUUGCCAGCCCCUUCGACCUCGGAAGGAGGUGUGGUGAGCUCAUCCUCAGUCAUGAGCGACCCGUUUGCCGCAUCGGUGGCUGUGGCACCUCCGGCAUAUGUUCAGAUAUCGGAGAUGGAGAGGAAGCAGAAGCUGUUGGUGGAGGAGAAGCUCAUGUGGCAGCAAUAUGCAAGGGAUGGGAGACAAAUACAGCCCAACCCUUAUACAGGAGGCUACACACACAGUUACUAGGGUUUUG